CCCGAGCCGGAAGUAAGACUGACGGCGGACCGGAAGUGCGCUUAGGUCGCCGUUAGCUGAAACCAACAAGCUGAAUCUACCAUAACAUCUUAUCUUACUUGUGUUCAUGAGUGUUGCUCAAUGUGUUUAACCGGCAUGUCCGUGUGAAAGCUCUUGGCAAUAAAUAACAACAACAACAACAACGGCUAUCUUAUGUUCUUUGUAACAUAAAGUUAAACACGAGGCAACCAUGUCUGAAACUAAAGAUUCUGCGGGAGAAAUAGACCUUGCACCGCUAAAGAGGAAGAGAGGACAAGCUAAAGCAGCUGUAACUAAGAUAACAUCUGCAAACGAAAAAAUCAGAGAAAAUAAGCCAGAAGAAUUAAAGUCAGAGCUGCAGAGCCUCGACCUAGCCCUCGCACAGCUUCAGGAGGCACAUAGAUGUUAUCAUAUUCGGCUCACCGAUGAUAUCGACUAAGAAGAGUCUGAUGCUUAUGAGAAGCUUAUCUUGAUGAACGUUCAUGAUGUGCGUCAUGAAGCUCUAGCCUGGCUGCAAGAAGAGGAAGAUGGAGCUAGUGUUCAUACAUAUGUUGAUGAUGAGUCGGAUGUCUCUACUCAAGUUGAUUUAUUCAGUGAACCUCCAGCUGAUAUGAAUGAUGAAGAUUCCACAUCAACAGAACUAAAGAAAUUCCAAGCCCUAAGAAAGAAAGAAAAGUAAAACUUUGUGCUGUUGCUUAGACUCAACAAGGAGGAAUUUGAGCUGGAACUCCAGCGAAUAUAUCGCAAGGCUGACAUAAUCAGCAAAAGAUGCAAGCCCUAACUGCAGAUCUCCAUUCUACACCUAAAACUGGCAAAAUCCCUACUAUAACACAACCAUCGCUGUCCUAGAUAGCAGAUUAUUCGAUCUCGCAACUGCUAGUUUUCGAGGCAGCAGUAUCAAGCCCAAGUAGUCUCUCUCAGGCUCCCACCAACAGAUCUGAUCAAGUUCGAUGGUGACCCCCUCCAGUAUUGGAAGUUCAUGAGGCUUUUCACCGCAAUGGUGGACAAAGAGUCUGUUUCUGCUGAAGAAAAGAUAACUCGUCUUCACCAGUACACAGAAGGAAAAGCUCGAGAUGCUAUAAGUCACUGUCUAUACAACCCCAAUCCCAGGACGGGUUUAAGGAAGCACUUGACAGACUAAAAUCAAGAUUUGGGUUUGGCUCCAAAGCUUGGGUUGAAAAGGUUUUGAACUUUAAAGAGAUAUGAGACAAUAUGCAACUCAGAGACUUUGCAGACCAACUGAGAGGCUGUAAGGACAAGAUUUCUGCCAUGAAAUGUGAGGAAGAGCCCAGUGGCCGCUGCCCAUUAGUUGAGAUAAUUAGCAAGCUACCAUCAGAUCUCAGGGCCAAGUGGCUAAAUAAAAACUACGACAUCACAAAAGAAGGAUGUCUACCGAAACUCGACAACGUUGUCAGCUUUGUAGAGUCAGAGGCUGAAAAGAGAUCUGAUUCAGUCUUUGGUGGGUUAAUUAGCUACAAGAAGCAGGAGAAGCCAAACAACUUUACAUCACCUACCAAAGUCUCAAAGAAACAUCAUCAAAACUACCCCACCACUAUCAAAGCGGCUGCAGUCCAGGAGAAUAAGUCCACAGGUACCAAGCAGCCAGCUUAUUUAAAAUAUCUUAAAUGCUCGGAGUACCAUUUCUUAAACCAGUGCCCUGGCUUGCGAUCACUAACAGUGCCAGAGCGCCUUGUGUUUGUUCAAGAAAAAAACCUGUGCCAAAACUGUUUCAUGAUUGGGCACAGUGCCACGAUUUGCACACGCAACCGGGUGUACAAUGUGCCUGGCUGUGGACAGAAACAUAACAAAUGCCUGCAUCCUAACCACACUAACAGACAGAAUACAAUAGCAGGCCAGGACACCACUGAUGACAAUAGAACUACCCAACAAACACAACCUACUAAAUCACCUAAUGUCACAUGUGGAUUCGCUGGAACUGCAAAUGGUAAAGUUUGUUUACCUAUUGUUCCUGUGGUCAUUAGGGGUAAAGCUACAAACAUCAGCUCUGUCACAUAUGCAUUACUUGAUCCUGGAGCCAACACCAGUUUAGUGUCAGAAGAACUGACCAAGAAGCUCAAGGUCAAAGGCAAGGCUGCAAGGUUAGACCUUGAUAUAGUAGGAGGGAGCCAAGAAGGCAUAUCUACUCGAAGUGUGGAUCUUGAGAUUGACUCUGCACGAUGGCAGCAUCUACACGCUUAAUGGUGUGAGAACACUCAAGAAGUUAAACAUAGGACUUGGCUGUCUCGCGACACCAGACAAGGCAGCCAGAUGGGAUCACCUAGUAGACAUCCCCAUUCCCAGCAUCAAGUCCAGUGAUGUACACCUCAUCAUUGGACAAGAUGCUCCUCGUCUUCUCAGAGCUGAAGAGUACCGCGUAGGAGGUGGUAAUGACCCUUACGCUACCAGAACAGUACUCAGCUGGGCAAUAAAUGGACCCAUUGAUUACAAAGAAGGUAGGAAGGCUAAGGCCUACUUCCUCAAGUUAGACCAAAAUCUGCAGACACAGGUGGAAAGAUUUUGGAAACUUGAUGACCCCGCUCAAGAAAACAAUCUGUCAAUCAAUGACCACAAGGUGAUUAAACUGUGGGAAAACUCACUUACCAAAGAAGGCUCACACUAUACCUUAGACAUACCCUUUAAGAAAGAAGCAGUGACGCUGCCUAACAAUAUCAACUUAGCAACACGAAGACUACAACUACUGGAACGCAUAUUAACAAAGGACCCAUACCUGAAAGACGUGUGAAGUCAAUGAAGUCAACCAUUGAUAAAGGAUAUGCAAAAGAGCUCCCAGCCUUGUCACCUGACCGCAAUGAUGGUAAAACUUGGUAUCUCCCACAUCACCCAGUGACUCAUCCUCGCAAGCCUGAAAGGUGCGAGUCGUCUUUGACUGCACAGCAUACGACAGAAUAUCUCUCAAUGACAUCAUCCACCAGGGACCAGAUCUGACAAACAAAUUAAUAAAUGUGCUGAUCCGCUUCCGACAAGGUCCUGUUGCUGUAAUGGCGGACAUUGAGGACAUGUUCAAUCAGAUACAUGUAACUCCGGAACACAGAGAUGUGCUACGGUUCCUAUGGUGGAAGGACCACAAUCCUAACAAUGAGGUAGUUACUUAUCGGAUGACGUCCCACCGCUUUGGUGGAGUGUGGCCUCCAAGCGCAGCAAAUUUUGCAUUGAGGAGGUGUGCAUAAGAUCACACUGAUGCAGAUACCAUCUCCACUGUAGAGCGAAACUUCUACAUGGAUGAUUGCCUGAAAUCCUCAGAUUGGUUUGGCAAGGCAAACAGGAAUGGACAUAAAACAGGCGUGGCUUGGCAAAAACACAGUUGUGGCAUGGACAGCAAAACGGAAGACAACAGAAUAAACCAGCCACAAGUGAACGGAACAGAGGAGUAUAUAUGGGGCAUAGUAUAGGUGAAGCAAGAGACUGAUUCACCUAUACUGAUCCACUGAAGUGCAGGUGGACCGAAUGAAGCUGGUUGCAAACUGACUGUGGCUGGGAGUGGAAACAAGAACAUGAACGGGCUGAACAGGAAUACAAGGACACAAUCAAACCUAAGGAACAUCUUACAGAUAUAACAUAAACUAAAAUGUGCUGUGAACAGAAUACAAGAGUCAUAAAAAACUAAGCCUAAGAAAAUAACGAAGGCACCACCUGGAAAACAAUGAUCAGAAGCAAAAUCCAAAACACAACUUGGAGAACAUAAUCAGAAUCAGAGAAAAAACCAAAAACUUAAACACUCUCAAAUCAUGACGAUCCUUUAUUUUUCACAAGGAUUUGGGGAGGGGUUUCUCCCAGUGGUAAUUGGGUAAAGGGUGUACACCCUUGACAAGUUGCCAGUAUGUGGAAUCUCAAGAUACGUUUUUGAACUAUCAAUUUUGACAAACUUAUAACUUUUUUUUUUACAUUUUAGUAAUCCAGUUUCUCAAAACCUACCAGCUGAUUAAUGGUCUUAGCUGGAUCCAAACCAACCCUAAGUACUGUGGAUCAAAGAGUUUCAUAAAUGACUUAAACACUUUUGUCCACCUGCAGCUUCUUGCUGAGAUCAACACAUAGUUGCCAUUUAAUCAGAGCCCUGCAACACCCCUUUGUAAAACCUUUGAAAUGCUCUUACAUUGCACUGACUCCUAUCGAGCUAGAAUCAAAGUUCUCACAGCUGCUCACUGUCACUGUGGUCUUACCUCAGCAAGUGCCCACUAGCUGCAACCUAACCCUUCCCCCCGUCCCAACACAGACACGUAUAAACACACACAUCUUCCCUUCAAGUCGAUGCAUUAGGGCAGACUGCCGCUUGCAUUAGUGGGCCUCCUCGGAUCGCAGAGAGUCCCAGGCCCAUCAGCACAAAUUAAAUUGGAGGCUUUAGUAAAGGCGCUGCUUUGGGUGCCACUGAGCAUCACACUGACACAAAUGCUGAGGAUCUUUGUCAGCUAUUAUUUCAAUAUAUGAGUGUGUGGUGCCUUGUCUGCGUUGGUUUCUUUGAAGCUCACAUAUCCUCAUGCUGCUGCUUUGAAGUAGGAAACUGUUUUGGAUAUCAGGUUAAUUAUCCUGAAUUUCUCAUUAUUAUUUAUUAGAAGCUA